AUGAUGUGGGAACUGCGCUCCAUCGCCUUCAGCAGGGCCGUCCUGGCGGAAUUCCUGGCCACUCUGGUCUUCGUGCUCUUCGGCCUGGGCUCGGCGCUGAACUGGCCCUCGGCGCCGGCGCCGAGCACGCUGCAGAUCGCGCUGGCCUUCGGGCUGGCCAUCGGCACGCUGGUGCAGGCCCUGGGCCACGUCAGCGGCGCCCACAUCAACCCGGCCGUGACGCUGGGCUGCCUGCUGGGCUCGCAGCUCUCCCUGCUCCGCGCCGUCUUCUACGUGGCGGCCCAGCUGCUGGGGGGCGUCGUGGGCGCCGCCAUCCUGCACGAGGUGACCCCGGCCAGCGCCCGCCAGGGCCUGGCCCUCAACAAGCUGCACAAUGAGACCACGACGGGGCAGGCAGUGACGGUGGAGCUGUUCCUCACCUUCCAGCUGGUCCUGUGCGUCUUUGCUUCCACGGACGAGCGGCGUGAGGACAACCUGGGCUCCCCUGCCCUCUCCAUCGGCCUCUCUGUGGCCGUGGGGCACCUCCUCGGGAUCCGUUACACCGGCUGCUCCAUGAACCCCGCCAGGUCCUUCGCCCCCGCCGUCGUCGUUGGAGACUUCAGUGACCACUGGGUGUUCUGGGUGGGCCCCCUGAUUGGGGCUGCAGCGGCCUCCAUCCUCUACAACUUCGUGCUGUUCCCACAGGCCAAAACGCUCUCGGAGCGCCUGGCCAUCCUCAAGGGCUGCGAGCCCGAGCAGGACUGGGCCGAGCGCGAGGCCCGGCGGCGCCAGUCCGUGGAGCUGCACUCGCCCCAGAGCCUGCCCAGGGGCAUGUCUGAGAAGGUGUAG